UCGUCGUCGUGGAAAUUAAUUGAUUUGUAGACUGUUGGACUGUGUUGUGUGUCUUCUCAGUAAAGAAUUUUAAGAUUAUGGUCAAGUUCUUGAAGCCAGGUAAAGUGGUGGUUGUUUUGCGAGGCAAGUACGCGGGUAGGAAAGCGGUGAUCGUUCAAAACUACGACAAUGGAACUCAAGAACGACCUUAUGGUCAUUGUAUCAUUGCUGGAAUAGAAAAAUAUCCUGCUAAAGUCACUAGAAAGAUGAGCGAAAAGAAGAUAAAGAAGCGUUCCAAAGUCAGGGCAUUUGUGAGAGUAAUCAACUACAAUCACAUCAUGCCCACAAGAUACACUUUGGAUAUAGUCGACUCCUUGAAAAAGGCAAUACCGGAAGAUGCAAGAACCAACCUCACUUCUCGUAAAAAGGGCAAAAAAGCGAUUCAACAACUUUUGAAGGAAAGAUAUUUGACUGGGAAAAAUAGAUGGUUCUUUACAAAGCUUCGUUUCUAGUGAACGGAAUAGCGAAGGUUCCACCUGCUCCUCUAAAUAAACCAAUCAUUCCACAA